AUGAAAGAUAUACUACCUUUUUCAUUGAGUUCUCUUCACAGAAAGUGCAAACAAGUCUUGGCUAAUGCUCUAAAUCAAGCACUAACCUUCCAGGUUGAUCACUACUUUUCAUACUAUGAACAAGGAGCUAGCGAGAUUAUAUCAAACUAACCGCCUCUUUCCAGAAAAAUGUCUCAUUGCUUAAAACAGAGAAACUUUCAGGGAUAAGUUAACUGCAGU